AUGGAGCUUCAGCUGGCAGCGAUGGGCACCUUGUUCCUGCUCACACUGCUCUCAUCCGAGUGCUGGGGCAGGAAUGAAGAGGAGCGCGUCAUUGACUACCUGUUCAGAGAGAAAGGAUACAACAAAGAGCUGCGUCCCGCUGAGAAGCAGCAGGAUGUUGUCGACGUGUACCUCGCCCUCACACUCUCCAACCUCAUCUCUCUGAAAGAAGCAGAUGAGACGCUGCUGACGAAUGUGUGGAUCGAACAUACGUGGACUGACUACAGGCUGACGUGGGAUUCGGAGGAGUUUGGUGGCAUUGAUGUUCUCCGCCUGCCGCCGCGGAUGGUGUGGCUGCCGGAGAUCGUUCUGGAAAACAAUAAUGAUGCCCAGUUCGAGGUGGCCUACUACAGUAACGUGCUGGUGGAUAAUAAUGGUUUCUGCUACUGGUUGCCUCCGGCCAUCUUCCGCUCCUCCUGCUCCAUCAACGUUAAAUACUUCCCCUUCGACUGGCAGAACUGCACCCUCAAAUUCACCUCUCUGACCUACAACGCCAAAGAGAUCCAGAUGCUGCUGAAAGAAGAAUACGUUGACGAUGUUCGCAACCACACAGUGGAGUGGGUCGUUAUCGACCCUGCUAGCUGGACAGAAAACGGCGAGUGGGAGGUCGUCCACCGGCCGGCCAAGAGAAACGCCUACAAACACAUCCCCAUGGAGAGCAACAAGCACCAGGACAUCACCUUCUACCUGAUCAUCAAGCGCAAACCUCUCUUCUACAUAGUCAACAUCAUCAUCCCCUGCAUGCUCAUCUCCUUCCUGGCCUGCCUGGUCUACUACCUGCCCGCUGACAGUGGUGAGAAGAUGACUUUGUCCAUCUCUGUGCUGCUCGCUCAGUCUGUCUUCCUGCUGCUGAUCUCUCAAAGGCUGCCGGAGACGUCCAUGUCUGUUCCACUUAUCGUCAAGUACUUGAUGUUCAUCAUGGUGCUGGUUACAGUGGUCGUUUUAAACUGUGUGGUCGUCCUCAACCUGCACUUCAGGACGCCGAGCACGCACGUCAUGACUGAGUGGACCAAGAGGUUUUUCCUCGAGCGGCUGCCUCGCAUCCUGCGCAUGUCCCACCCCUCUGAGGAGGAGCCAGCCUGGGAUGGGGCGUUGCCACGGCGAUCGAGCUCGGUGGGUUACAUCACCAAAGCGGACGAGUACUACACCGUGAAGUCUCGCAGCGAGCUGAUGUUUGAGAAACAGUCGGAGCGACACGGACUCACAACUCGCAUCACCCACGCUGCACUGGUGAAGCCGCAGGACGAUGGAGGUGUGACGGAUCAGCUGUACUCUGAGAUCAAGCCGGCCGUGGAUGGGGCGAACUACAUCAUCAAACACAUGCGCAACAAGAACGAGUACAACGAGGAGAAAGAUAACUGGAGCGGCAUCGCUCGCACCGUGGACCGUCUCUGCCUGUUCCUGAUCACUCCCGUGAUGACCUUUGGCACCAUCAUCAUCUUCCUGAUGGGAAUCUGCAACUAUCCUCCACGUCUGCCCUUCGAAGGAGAUCCUCACGACUACAUGGAGCAUCAUGCACGUCUGCUGUUAACACAUGCACAAGAACACUAAAUAGAGCAGAGAGCAGUGUUACUCUGGUGUUAUAACUCUAUUAUUUUGUGAUGAAAAUACUGUAGCUGCGUAUGCUGUCUUGUCUUUAAUGAAUAACUCAAUCCAUAUAUUGUUUUAAU